GUGCGUUCUAAGCAGCUAGGCGUGACUUAGUGUGGGAGAAAAGACAGGGCAGCUCAAUACGUCACAACCUCGGUAAUUUAAACACUGCAGAAUUUCGAGAAGGACGGAGACUAGAAACGAUAACUGACGAGAACACAUUUAAUUUUGCAGCAGAACUUGUGGACAUUGGUUUUUGGUUAGGUUUAUUAUUUCAGAAUUGUCUAACAUUUGUGAAGUCGUCUUCAACAAAAUUUGUGAUAACUUUUUAUAUGAGACUGCGACAUUUUGAUUGACAGUCUUUCAUAGAAACAGAAGAACUAUGUACUACAAAAUAUCACUGGCAGUUGUUUUAUUAAGUUUAUACACAGCAUCAGGGUCCGAAGAGUUUACAAACACAGAUUCAACAAACGAUGAGUCAUUUAGUAGAGUCCGACGUGGGGGGUUCAGCAUGCUUCGACUUGGGCGUGGCCUGCAGAUGUUACGACUUGGAAAGAGAGCUCUACCUAUGUUGAGAAUGGGCAGAUCUGGUGCAGAUUCUUUAUCAGAAGAAGAUUUACAGUAUCUGUUUAACUUGAUGAGAAACGAUAGACAGGUACCACUCCCUCGUUAUGGAAAAGAUCUAGCCUUCCAAUAUAUGUUAAUGAAUGCUUUGAAAAAUGCUGAACUUAAUAGUGCAUAUGACGAAGAUAUUGAGCCUCGUUAUGGAUUAGGUUACGAUCUCGAAUCUACAAAUGAAAGGCAAAUUCGCCCAGCACCUCGCCCGGGCAGAUACAGAAGAUCAACAGACAAAAUGGCUACCGGAAGUGACGAUAAAACAUACGUAGGCGCUGAUCAAGUUUACGAUGACAUUCCCGAUUUAGAAUCUGAAGAUAGAUAUGACGAUGAUCUAAGUGCAAGAGUUGCUCCGCUGAUGAGGUACGGUAAAUAUGUUAAUUACGAUCUUGAUGAUGAAGCCGAUGUGGACAAAAGAGCUAUGCGAAUGCUGCGUUUAGGUAGAGGAAUGAGAAUGCUUAGAUUAGGAAAACGCCCAAUGACCUCUGAUUUGUCCGAAGAUGUGACGGAAGCUGACAAACGUGCAUUGCGACUACUCAGAUUAGGAAAGCGUCCUAAAUUCGCGAUGUUGCGCAUGGGUAGAGGUGACAUGGAAGAAGAAAAAAGAGCAUUAAGAUUACUGAGACUUGGCAAAAAGUCCGACGCUGAUGAAUCGUGAUAAAAUAGCAAACAAAUACAAAAUAACAUAAAAACUGUUUUGAAAUUUUGAUCUGAAUCUCUGAUUUUAUUUUGCGAUGGAUACAUACAUAUUUAACUUGGUCAUGUUAAAAAGGGCAUACAAGAUAAAAUUAAGUUAAGAGAGCAUCAUCUUAUUUGGAAUACUUUGUUUAUAAUAAACAGUUGGUUUUGUUCUUUAACAGAAAUGACUGGGUUUUAUCGGUCUUAAAGAGCAAACAAACAAAACUAAACUCUAUUUUGUAAAUCAAAUUAACAAUACGGUUCUUUUAAAAUCAUUACAUCAUGUGGAAUUUAUUUACUUCUUGAACGAAAUAGAGCAAUGAUGUAAAAAAUGCAAACAAAGUACAGUAGGUUAACGUGUGUAUUUAUAUACUUUUCAAACUGCUGCAAAACAUAUGGUACGAAAAUUUUAUACUGAUUGUAUGUUAUAUUUUGUUGAUGUUGGUUAAAUAUUUUAUUAAUGCAAGAUCUAUUUGUAUCUCUUUUGUGUUUGAUAUACAAUAAAACAUCUGUGUCACAAAGUAA